GGGACCCUCGUAUAAGAAGCAAUGGAGGUCCAUCUUUUACUUAUUCAGCUUUAAAGAAUUACAAGAAUAAACAUGAAAAUUAUAACGUGCAUUUUAAUUUUGUCUGUUUCCUUUGCAAAAGCUAGCGAUCUGGAGUGGAAAGAUUUAGACAAAAACUUGGGUCCAGUUGUGCACGUCAGCUUGGUGUACCGUCAUGGCGAGAGGACACCGACGUGGUUCGGAAAAGAUGAUGCCUAUAAAGACAUUAAGUAUUGGCCAGAAGGAUAUGGACAACUGACAAAAGAAGGCAUGCUCCACCACUAUAAGCUCGGAGAAUGGCUCAGACUGUCGUAUGCGCAUUUAAUACCAAAUCCAAAAUUGAGGACCAGAUCAAUGUGUACACAGAGCUCUAUUUAUGACCGUACGAUCAUGAGUGCCCUUUCAAGCCUUGCAGGCAUGUUCCCGCCUGAGGAAAGUGGCAAAUUCACUGACCUUAAAUGGCAGCCGACUCCAGUUUAUACAGAAAGUCUUAAAACAGAUAAGCUUGUAGCUAUGGAAGACAUAGAAUGCAGAAGUUAUGACAAAGAAUUUAAGAAUUUUCUCGAAUCGGAAGAAUUAAAAAAAUUAAAUAAAUUUGUUGACCUCGUUGAAAAUAUUACAGAAAGUACUGGUCUUUCGAUUACCACGACAGAUCGCCUACGAGUUGUUUAUUCGACUUUGCUUAUUUAUGAAAUGGCUGGUCUCGAAUUGCCAGCGUGGAGUAACGGUGUUUAUCCUGAAUUAUUAAAAAAAGCAAGCGAUUUUACCUUUUUAUUGCCUACUUACACUACAAAAAUGAAACGGUUAAAAUCAGGCCCGCUGUUGAAAACCAUAAUCAAAACAUUUGAUGAGAAAAUUAAUAAUGACGAAUCCAGAAUGCAAAAAUGUACAAAUAUCACUGCAUACUCGACUCACGCAAAUAUUGUAGCAAACUUCUUAAACACUCUGGGAGUUUUCAACAGAUUGACACCUCCUUUCGCGGCCAUGGUUCUGGUUGAGUUGAGACAAUUAGAAAACAAUUACUAUGUCGAUGUUUUAUACAAGAAUCAGACAGACCCAUAUCACGACCCUCAUGUUCUUCAGGUUCCUGGAUGUGACAUUAAAUGCCCAUUUGAUAAAUUCAAACAACUCUUAGCCCCUGUCACUCCUGAUGAUUGGGAUAAAGAGUGUAAUGAAGACAAUUAAACAUGACUAUCGAUGUACAAUCAUCAAUUUAUAUCACAAAUUAUUAUAUAUUUUUGUUAAUAUGGUAAUAAAGUACUAUAAUAAUAUA